AUGUCUAUUUCCGCCCUCUAUCAGGAAAACACCCGGAGGUCUUCUGGUAUGGCACGUGGAAACAGACCACCGGAUCUGGAGCUGUCGGAAGCCACGUUUAGCGCGCCUGUGGGCAACGACACGUUUUCAGAAAGAGACAAAAUGCCUGAGGACGGUAACCCUCCCACCGAGGUACCCCCUGUCCACAUCCACCCGUACUUAUCUCAUCCCCGGAUGUCUGUGCGGAUGUCGGUGUAUAGCACCGGGGUGCGUCCAGUCCUCACCCGCGCCUACAUCCAAGGACGCGUGUAUAACUUUCUGGAAAGGCCGUCUGGCUGGAAAUGCUUCGUGUAUCACUUCACAGUGUUUCUCAUAGUCCUGGCCUGUCUGAUCCUCAGCGUUCUGUCUACCAUCGACCAGUACCAGGCCCUGGCUCAUACAUCACUCUUCUGGGUGGAGAUCGUCCUUGUGGUGUUCUUCGGUGUGGAAUAUUUUGUCCGCCUCUGGUCAGCGGGCUGCCGCAGUAAAUAUGUUGGCAUCUGGGGCCGGCUGCGCUUUGCCAGGAAGCCAAUAUCUAUUAUUGAUCUGAUUGUAGUUGUUGCCUCAGUAGUCGUUCUCUCAGUGGGCUCCAAAGAGCAGAUCUUUGCCACCUCUGCUGUGAGAGGGGUUCGCUUCCUACAGAUCCUGCGAAUGCUCCAUGUAGACCGGCAGGGAGGAACCUGGCGUCUCCUGGGCUCUGUAGUCUUCAUCCAUCGGCAGGAGCUGAUCACUACCUUAUACAUCGGCUUUCUGAGCCUGAUCUUCUCCUCGUACCUCGUCUACCUGGCAGAGAAAGAUGGGGUCGACAGCAGCGGAUCCACCGAGUUCGGAAACUACGCUGAUGCCCUGUGGUGGGGAGUGGUGACAGUGACCACUAUUGGAUAUGGAGACAAAGUGCCACAGACCUGGAUUGGAAAGACCAUUGCGUCCUGUUUCUCAGUCUUUGCCAUUUCCUUCUUUGCUCUGCCUGCAGGAAUCUUAGGCUCAGGCUUUGCCCUGAAGGUGCAGCAGAAGCAAAGGCAGAAACACUUCAAUAGACAGAUCCCUGCAGCUGCCUGUCUCAUUCAGACAUCGUGGAGAUAUUUUGCAGUGGAGAACUUUGAUUCUGCCACAUUCAAGAUCUUUUUGCGGAAGAGAUCCAACAUCCCUGCCUCCACUCUGUCCACCCCCAAGCCCAAGAAAUCGGUGAAAAUAAGGAGGAAGUUGAAGAGCACUGACAAGGACAACGGUCCAACAUCUCCCACAAUUCCCAGCAUCACCUACGACUCUGUAUUUGACAGUGGGAGGGAGCUGAGUUCGGAUGUUUACAGCACUGUGGGCACAGAUCUCCAGCAGUCCUGGACAUCUUUGUCUUCCCUCCAGUUCAGCUCGCCCCCUCCAGUGAAAAGAAACCCCGGGCUUCUGGACGUCCACUCCCCGAGCCCCCUCCGCAGGAACUGCAGCUUUGCAGACGACCUGGAGCUGGAGUCAGAGCGACACAGUGAACUGUCACCUGCCACCUCAAUGUCACAACUGACAGAGUCACACCGAAAAGCUAUCCGGGUGAUCCAGAGAAUGCGCUACUUUGUGGCUAAGAGAAAAUUCCAGCAAGCUCGUAAGCCAUAUGAUGUCCGAGACGUGAUUGAGCAAUACUCCCAGGGUCACCUCCAUCUCAUGGUGCGAAUCAAGGAGCUCCAGAGAAGACUGGACCAGUCUUUAGGGAAGAUAAGUUUGUUCCAGACGAGCUCAGACCGGGCCAAAGACAAAGGCAACAACUCCAUCGGAUCGAGACUGAACAGGAUGGAGGACAAGAUAACACACAUGGACCAGACGCUGAACCGCGUGGCAGAGUCCCUCGCCUUCCUGCUGGACCAGAGGGACGCCGGCGAGGGCGAAGGUGGAGGCAGGCCGAGGCCACGGCUGGAACGGAUUCCCGUCCUGCCCAGCCACGACAGCCUGCCAAGCUACGACCAGCUAUCUUCAUCACCUUCGUCCUUCUCUUCCAACACCGCCAACACCGCGGCCUGCCCCAACCCUCCUCUCAGCACCACCUUCAGUCAGGAUGAGAGCUACUGAAACCACACAGCCUCAAAGUUUUUCUCUUUUGAGCAGAAUUCAUUAGAGAUUUAAUGCAGUUUUUAGUCUACUCUAUCUAUCUAUUAAUGCAGUAAUUAAGGAUAUCCUUUAUGACCUAUAAUUCUGACUUUUUACUAAAUUAAAAUACAUUAUGGGAUAGAACUGUAUACUUUAUGUGAAAACCGCUCUUUGUAUUCUGGUUUGAUUAAAUAAAAUUUGUAAAAUUGCCAUUAAAAUGAAGUUAGCUCGGUUCAAAGAGCAAGACUUCGGCACAGUAAGAGCUGGCAGUGCCAGAGCGAAACAGAUACAUUCAUUUCCUACAUGGACUGUACACAUUCAAAAGAGUUUCAUAAAAGCUAGUUUGCUGGAAAAGAAAGCUGGAAAAAAAGACAAAAAUUGUUGGUAGAUUCAACAUACUCCCUUGCAUUCAGUGAAGAACAUCCAAGGGCAAAUGGCAAAGAUUUUUUUGUGUGGAUGGAAUAAAAAGCCUAAAAAGAUAUCAAUGAAGACAUUAUAACUUCUCUGUUUGUUACACAGUUUGCCAAACAGCCUGGAAAAAUGUGACCUUUUUUCUUUCAGCCUUGCUGCUUUGCUGAAUGUUGGCAUUGUGAUAUUGAUGCAACAUAUCAGAGGAUGUGUGACAUACAAGAUUUGUGUCUUUAUUAUUUUGCCACACAAGGUUGUAUCACAAAAUACUAGUUGUUGUCCCUUUAUGCUGCUCACAAAAUAAAUGAGUAAUAGAAAUAAAGCAUUUUUUAUGGUAGAAUGUGGAGGAUGAAUUGAGGGGGGACAUGUGUGAAAGAGAACCGUCAUUAUUGACAUUACAACACUGAUAUUUCAGCAUAUUGUAUGAGCAUUAGUUUCGUUACCUUGAAGUGCAAAGUCACCAUGGUUACCUUUUGUUCUGAAACAUUAGACUAUUUGAAAUUAAUUCAAGUUAAUGCCAAAGACGUUUCCACUGCCACGGCAUCGUAUACUGUGAU